GCCACGGUUAGGCUCAUGAUGAAUAUUUCUGAAAGAGCAGACAAUGGUAGGAGAACUUUGGAAGAUCAUAGUCCCAUCAACACAUCACAAAUACCCAAAAGGGAUAACAUUCGCUAAUGAACAAACUUCUUUAACUGGGUUCACUUACACUACUAAAGCACCCCAAUUAGCAAAAACCUUUCGCUAAGCACAAAAAAUGUGGAUAAUCGCACGACAUAGGUUUGUCACAGUUUGAAUAGAGUAUGCUUCUUCAGGCUCUAAAUAGUGCAAGUUAGGCCUUUUUAUAUGUUGGUUCUCAACGUCAUGGACCAUAUAGUCUCCGGUCCUUAAAUUAGCCCGUAAGGUAACAAUAAAGCCGUACGGCGUAGCAAAUCAAUUUAGUGUUUUCCUCUUGCUAAGUUAAUACGCCUGAUCGUCUUCUGGAAUCAAUAAUAGGCGAGACUAUAAUAUAUGGACUACCUUUAAGCGACGCUAAAGUCACCUUGAGAACGGAUACCUACUAAUUAAGAUAAAAUAGGAGCUAUAGACCAGUUAGAAUUAUGAUUUACGGUUGAUGGUUAAGGUUAAAAAUUAGAUUUAGCGUUUUCGUCACGAAAUGACAUCAGCUAUAAUGCCAAAUCUCUAUUUAACCAAAUGGAUGAAUAAAUCUCGCGCUAUAAUUUAUUACUCGAUAUCUUAUAUCUAGUUGGUUCGUUCAUAAAUUAUAGUCUCGCCGACUGAUGGAAGUCAAGAUAAUUAUACUUCCUUAAAAUAGUGUUCUAAUGUAGGAAACUAAGUGGUUUCGUCUAGUCAGUUACAUAGUUACAUUUAUAGUUAACCCAGUCACAAAUCUUUGUGUACUUCCAAAGUCUUCGUUCCGUAACUUUUUCUUUUACUUUAAAUCUUAUUUUCCAGCUCCUUAUGAUUUUUGGAAUCAAUAAUCCUGCCGACUUUACUUUCAUUUUUCGUCGCUCCGCUAGCGUUUUAAGUUACUUAUCAUUGGUCCUAGGCUCUAAUACUUUUGGUUAUUCAUCCAUAUCUCAAAUUAUCGCGACAGAUGACUAAAUUUAAGAGUUCAUUAACGGAGCAACAUUAGUGGGAGAUCCAAGUUUCUCUUAUACUACAGCAGUACCACAUCGUCAAGUGAUUCUUUACCUUCCACCAGCAGACUAUUCAGCUUAACCUCCUCCACAUCUUCCUAUAUCCUUUACAAUUUAAAAACCAAAUAAUUAACUAAAGUCUCGGAAUGUAUUUACAUACAUCAUCAAUACUAAUUAGAGUUUGUAAUUUUAUUGUCCUAAAUAUCUGUUAACUCGACGUCAACUGACCAGAAAGUCAUUUGUUCAUGGACCCUCACUUUGCAGCAUUUCCUAGUUCUGCUAGCGUUCGGGCGUCAGAAUAUUGUCCCUCGCCCAGUCAAUCAAGGAAAAGGUACGAGUGUGUUCCAGAACCUAUGAAGAAGACUCCAGAUUACAUCAACAAAAGAAUUCGAAACAGAAGUGCCGUUAAGCGGUUUCGUGAAAAAUCAAAAACAAAAGCCAAAAGACAGGAAGACGUAAAGGCUCAUUUAAUUUCAUUAACAAAAUUUUAUGAUAAUGAAUUAGUCCGAAUAAAACAUUCAAAGCAGGUAACUAUUCAUAGGUCAUUCUUGUUUCCCUUCCUUUUUAAUAACCUCUACAUCAUGCAGGUGCCAACCUAAUUUUCCAUUAUGUGUAUAUGUACCUGCGUUUACUGUUCGUCAUCAUUUGUUGACAUUAUUUUGAAGUUAUUUAUUAUUAUUUAUUUAAACACAAAUAUUGAUACAAAGGGGCACCGUAUACAUAUGCACCACACAAUUACCUUGAUUUGUUUAUGGGCCGUGAUACUGUCGGAGUGGUCAGAUCGAAGCAGAUGGUUUUAUUAAUGGACUACUCCGGAGCCUUUGACCUAAAGGUCUGAUCCACAAGGCGGUGGAGCAACGUGAGCAGAUGCAGUCACAUGGUAGCCGGUGACCAACGAUUGGUUCAGGAUCCUGGAAUACACGUGCAGUUCUGGUUUGGAAUCAGGGUUUUCCAACUUCCCUAGGUGAAUCCUCCAUACCUACCAACCUGGUUAAAUCGUCGGCAUUCGCUUUUCAUCCUCUCAAUUUCGUAAAUAACACCCCACCCACGAGAAGGCAGUGUGACAUUAUUUUAAAAGAUGUGUUUCAAUCCCGAAACUUCAGUGGCGAAUAUUUCCUUGACCAAACUUUUGAUAUUCACAACUAGUAAAUGGAAUGAAUAACUUAUUAAGUUGUGUUGCGCUUGCAUCUGCUGGUGCGUUAUAACCCUUUGAAAAUAACUCAGUUCUUGCAUUAGUAUGGUGUUUUACAUUACUAGAUAUAGCUUAAAAUACAGAAAUGCUGAUUGUACGUCGGUUUCGUCCCAAAUGACUUCAAUAAAAAAGCAUCAGAGCUUUCAGGUGGCUAUUUUCUUAACGCUUUAGCAAACUUUGCUUUAUUUCUAUCUCAACCAUUCCCAAACAAUCUGAAUAGAACAUUAAAGUAGGUCCUCCGACUCUAGCUGAAGUUCAAAAGGCUAUAGCUAAUCUGAAACGAGGAAGAGCAGCUGGUCGAGAUAGAUUGGCUCCAGAGGUCUUUAAGUAUAGUGGUCCAAUUUUAGCGAUUAAGUUGGCUGAUAUUCUAGCUAAAAUCUGGGAACUGGACGUUAUCCCAUCUGACUGGUCGCAAUCACUGAUUGUCCCAAUAUAUAAGAAGGGGUCAGAAUCAUACUGCGAUAACCGUAGAGGGAUUAGUUUGACUGAUAUAGCAUCUAAAAUACUAGCCUCAAUAAUUAUCAUACGCCUAACAAAGACUCGUGAACUGCAAACACGAGAAAAUCAGGCUGGCUUCAGACUUAGUCGUGACUGCAUCGACCACAUAUUCACUAUUCGUCAGGUUUUAGAACACAGGCAUGCUUAUCGGCGUCCUACAAUGAUCGUUUUUCUUGACGUAAAAGCAGCAUUUGACUCUGUAGACCGAGGGGUUCUGUGGCAGUGUCUGUCAUUGAAAGACGUACCUCAGAAGUACAUAAACCUUGUGAAGACUUUACUCGAACACUACCCGUCAAAUCAGAGCUUAUGGCGAAUUGUCAUAUGAUUUUGCGACCUCAAGUGGUAUCCGUCAAAGCUGUCCACUUUCUCCGUCUUUGUCCAACCUCAUCAUAGACCUGCUGCUGGAAGUAACGUUCUCGUCGACUGAAUUUUCAGGCAUUGAUCUAUCAGGAGGUCCACUUAUCGACUUAGGAUACGCAGAUGAUAUAGUCCUGUUUGGCGAAAACGCUGAUAAAAUGCAGUCUCGAUAGCACUAAGCAACAAUGUCGGGAUGUUUGGGAUGCAUUUCUCCUCUUUGAAUGCAAAUUGUCACUUCAGGACUGGCCUGCAUCAACACUUGAACUAAGGAUAAGGAGUAAAGUAGUCGAAUGCAUCGAAAACUUUACUUAUCUUAGAAGUCUGAACAGCCCUAAUGGGUUGGUAUCUGACGAAAUCUCGACACGGGUUCAGAGAGCUCGUUUGGUUUUUGCCAACUUACGUCACUUAUGGCGAAGGCGAGAUAUCCGUCUAUCAAUUAAAGGACGAGUAUACGGCACAGCAGUUUGCUCUGUUCUACUUCACGGCUGUGAACCGUAGUCUUCAAGAGCGGAAGGUACUCACAAGUUACUAGUAUUUGGUCACAGAUGUCUUAGAAAUAUUGCCAGCAUCUGUUGAGAAUGAUGGUAAAUCAGUUGAUGAGGUUGUAAGUCUUGACCGAUUGAUAUGGUUGGGUCACAUGUUACGUUUGCUUGGACACCGAUUGCCACGACGCGCAAUGCUGACUAGUGUUGGAGACGAUUGGAGGUAAGUGAGGGACGGCCAAACCAAAACGUGGCAUCAGUACCUGAAGUCACUAACUUCUAGUCUUAGCCACGUUAGUAGAUGCAGACUACUUGGUUGGGGUCCGCGUGACUAUCGUAACCAAUGUUUAGAGACUCUGGGUGACGUGGCUCAGAAUCGCUCACAAUGGUGUAGGUGUAUACACUCAUUGUCUUUCAAACUGUGAGGUUAAAGUUGCUUUAUAUCUUUUUUCCUACCAACUAAUUCUUUCUUCCUGUACUAUGUCCUUAUAUGGAAUCUUCAUUUUAACUACUAUGAAUUUGGUGUUCAUCGUGUUGUGCUAAUGAGGUGUGCCAACUUGGACCGAUGCAUAUAUGUACCUGGUCGUACUUUGUAGCUGACUGACCGAUUUCUAUCUCAUUGAUCGAUGAAAUUCGAAUUGUAAUCAUUUGUAAUUUACGCAGUGAUAAUUGUAGUUUUCUUUUCCGUUUUUAUUUUAGCAACUUGAACUGCUGUUAUAUCAACAUGCUGCUCAUAAAAACAUUAUUAGUCAACUUAAUGAAAUUUUAAGUCUUGAAGCCCAAGCCCGAUUAAAAUUUCAAAGUCAAAUUGCUAGUGUUCAGUUGUCUACUUCAUCUAUAGAGCAUUCGGUCGACUAGUUUUAACAAAUAUUGUAUUAGUAUUUAUGUUCAAAAUUUCUGUAUAUUCCUAGACCAGAUUAUUUUCAUUUUUAUUUAUUUCAAUAUAUUUUGUCUUGUAUAUCUAAUAUUGACAUAUGUAUUUGGAGUUUACAGCUAUAUGGAUAAUUUGUUUACGUAGGUGUAAGUUUAUGUUAUUGGAUAUGUGUAACAGGAGUUUUUAGCCAGGAUAAUACCUACUUUCGGAUAAAGUAUUCACAUUAUUUUGGUUUUCUUGCGAUGUUUCUUAAUUCUUUUGGUCAGUCAUAAACCACUACUCAUGUUUGUCCGUACAACUACGUUCAUUAUUUAUUUCUCAGUGUUUUGAAAUUUGACAUAAUUUGUAGCAGCUUUAUGCUGGUGCAAUUUAUUUAGUAUAUUCCUGAUAAUUUUUAAAACUUUAUCAUCCCAAUGCUAUGUUCAGAAGAGAAACUGCAUUUUCGUCUUGUCUUGUAUUAAUUCGAUAAACAACUGCAUAAAAUUGUUCUGACUUUUGUGACUUACAUGACUUCAUCGUAUUAUUUCUGGUGAAUGUACACAGUUGUGUUUUGUAACCAACUAAUAAUUGUUACAUUUUCAUAUUUUGUUCGUUACCAUUUUGAACUUCAUAUUCACU